GGAACCACGAUACACCGAUGCCCACAAGUCGUCACUCUGAUCUCCGACUACAAGGUUUUCGGAUCUGUCGCGCCUGGUUCAACAAUUGGCUCGGAAAGUCGCGAAAAGUCCGCAAGAAGAGUGCUCAUGACGUCUCGCGAUAUUAGAUAUAGUAUACAUAUAUGUAAAGCAUUUUUAAUGGCUAAGAAGAGCGUGUGUGAUUUAUUUUUUUUUUCACUUCGUUUUUAAAAACAAAAGUGCGCUGAUGUCAUUUGCCGCCUCGGAUUAUAGUGCUCAAUUGUGACAUUAAUCACUUAAGUCAGUGAACACGCAAAACAUUUCGAUUGUCUCUAUUUAUGAACGGAGUUGUUCAGACUCUGUACCGGUCGCCGGAUACGCAAAGAUCGCUGCGCUUUGGAGAAACGGACAACAGUAAAGUAAAUUGAAAACUUAAAUAACAAGCAUUGAAAAAAUAGAACUCGGACAAAUCUUAGUGAGCCCAGCAAAUCAGAGCGGAAAACACAAACACCUUGAAAGUGGCCGGGAACUCGGUGAGGUUAAGAAGAGUUAACACCGACUAUCGAAUGCACGUGCUUGUGUGUCUUCAGUGACCAGUGAUUUAUCAUCGUUCUGAAAAGAAGAUAAAAGUAAAUUAGCCACUAUCGAGGAAAGUAAAACAAAGAUAGAUUAAAAAAAAAAAAAAAAUAGAAAAAAGCAUCUCUUUGCAAUUUUACACGAAAAAUAAAUCGCGCCACUUCUUAUUUCGAUCAGCUGUUCUCUUUGUCGGUGUUAAUUUUCGAAGAUCAUGCGUUUUCAAUAAUGAAGAAAGAACAAAUGAACAAAUCGCGUAUUAAUGAUUGAUCAACAAAAUAUUUCCGGUGCCCGGAUAUAUAUAUAUAUAUGUAUAUGUAAACAUAUAUACAUAUAUAUAUAUUUAGAUCUGAAAAAUGUUGUCUGAAAGAAAAUUAAACAACAUUUAAUCUUUCUGCCGAAAACACGAUUCGGAACCAGUAACACAACUUCGUGAUGACCUCGCGCAACAGGAAACACGUGAACGAUCGAUGUGCUUUAGAAACUGUCUCAAGUGAUCGAGUGCAAUCAUUGGCGAGACAGUGACCAAGUUUCUCCCGACGAGUGAAAUGAUGACCCUUGUGACAGACGCGGUGCCUUACGCGUACGAAGCGGUCACGAGAUCGCCGUAUGACGGUUACCGUCACCACUUGCACCAUCAUCAUCCUCAUCGGUAUCGGCGCGUCUACACAGAACCCGAGUACUUUCAAGGAUAUCUCUCUAGGAGAGAUACGGACGAUCGCGCGAGAAUCAUCGGCGCCACCAACACGUCGACUGCCUCGCUAAACUAUCGCAACGAUAGAGUCAGAUCACAGUCCCGAUAUACUCUUGAUUCGGAUGAUGCCUCGUCGGUGAUAUCGGCGGACGCUUCGGCCGAUCUCGAGUCAGGCUCUGCGGACGCCGAUGAAACCAAUGAAACCAAUGAGAUCAAUGAAACGAACGAAACAAGCGAGGCGAACGAAUCGAUCGAGCACGUGCCUCAUCCUCACGUUUUAGAUGCUAGCUCGCCGCAUGGACCACGCAGAUGUCUUCUGUGGGCUUGCAAGGCCUGCAAGAAGAAGACGAUCACCGUCGAUCGGAGAAAAGCUGCCACCUUACGCGAGAGACGACGCUUGAGAAAGGUCAACGAGGCCUUUGAGGUGCUGAAGAGGAGAACGAGCAACAACCCCAACCAGCGUUUACCGAAAGUGGAGAUAUUGCGGAAUGCUAUCGAGUACAUCGAGAGUCUCGAGGCGCUGCUGCAAGGAAAUCGACCUUCCGAACAUCAGGAUCAUCCUUCCGCCGAGAACAUGAAUGGAGAAUCGCCGCAGUAUGUGACGGACAGACUUCGGCAAUUCUCGGAUCCUUUGGCAAGGUUUCAACCAAUUAAUGGUUUCGAGCAAAUUGAUGCGGUACCUUCACAAAAUAACGGAAGCAGCUUGGAUUGUCUCAGUAUGAUUGUGCAAAGCAUCAACGGACCUUUACAAGCACCGUCCGAAAAUCAUUUUUCAUCACAUCAUUGAGAAGCUUGUUAUAACUUUUUAUUUUUGAUUUCUUACGGAUUUUUUCCUUAACGCAAUAUGUACCACUUGAUAUUUUAAGUAAAUAUGUAGGUACACAUGUAGAAACAGUGGGAAUUGUAAUAUUGCUAUAUUACACAGAAUGUUCAAAACUAUCACUUAAAAUGUUUUUUUUCACUUUUAGAAAUUGAAAGAGCGCGACACAAUUAACUCUAGAACAGGAAAAGUAUUAAAUAAAAUUUUGUACUUCUAGUUAAGACUUAGUUUUCUAUUGUCUCUUCUGCCAAAGAAAUUUAAAGUGUUCAAUCUGAAAUAGUUAAAGUUAAUAUAUUUUUUAUGUUAACAUAUACCUAGCUUUUAACAUUAGAAAUGGAGAAGUUUGCAUAUUUUGAAAAAAAUAAAAUGGAAAAAUUGUUUUAUUCUGCAAAAAUUCCAAUCGAAAAGAAAUGCGCACGAUUUUUAGAACACCGUAUAAAUUUUAAUCGGCAUACCGAACGCAUUCACAUGAGUUUUUCAUUGAAACGAGAAUUACGGACGUUGCUAGAGAUUAACAAGUCCAGAAUAUUCGAUGAAAGUAUGCGAACAGUAUAGGUUUCCUAUCGUUACCGAUAAAUCUACGUGAGAUAUUGGAAACGCCGCGAGAGAGAAAUACUCAAAUAUUUUAUCUAUAUCAAAAAGAAAAUAUAAAAAAGAGUUGUAGUCUCAUUCUGUGAAAACAUAGUAUUAAGAUAUUCUAGUUAAUAUAGUUUAAAAUAUUCUAGUUAAUAUGUGAAUGUAAAAAAGAAACAUUCAUAGAGCGGAAAAAAUAUCUGUCUUGACGUAAAAUAUUUGUUGAAAAUU